CACGGGAAGUAGCCAAUCCGUUUUCCUUGCCAGUACUGUCCAUUUCAUUUCGACAACGUUCCUGCGUUUUAAUUACCGGUUUGUCUUCCAAAUGAAGAUAAAACCCACCGAAGCUCCUGCAACCUAUCUCCUAUGAAACCAUUCAGAAUCCGAUUAUUCCACUCACUUGCUCCUCUGAUUCCCAAAAACUUCCCAAAAUGCCUUCGCAAUCCCAUCAUCUUGAAAGACGUAGAUACAAAAAUACUCCCAGAAUGCUCUCAGAACCCUUCUCUCUUGAAACAUGUAGACGCCCAAAUGAUCAAAACGGGCUUCAAUCCCCGGACAUGUCGAUCCAAUUAUCAGAUGGAAGAUCUCCUCCGAAGAGGAGAAUUGUCAGAAGCUCGGCAGCUGUUCGACGAAAUGCCUCACAGAAACAUAAUCUCAACAAACACGCUGAUUUCAGGAUACGUGAAAUCCGGUAACCUCUGUGAAGCCCGGCAGAUGUUCGAUGGCAUGAUCGGUCGGAACACCGUCACGUGGACCAUCAUGAUCGGUGGGUACUCUCAGAACAAGCAAACCCAAGAAGCAUUCUUGCUUUUUUCAGAGAUGCAAAGGGCGGGGACAGAAGUUGAUCACGUGACCAUUGUCUCUCUGCUAUCGGCAUGCAAUAAUGGCGAGUGCUCGAAUCAGGUGAUUCAAGUUCAUGCCUGUGUCCUUAAAUUAGGCUAUGAAUCGGCUCUGAUUGUUUCCAAUACUUUGGUUGAUUCCUACUUGAAAUGCCACCUUAUGGGAGAUGCGUGCAAAAUGUUUGACAAAAUGCCCCGAAAAGAUUGCGUGACAUUUAAUGCAAUGAUAACAGGGUUUUCGAAAGACGGGCGUUCUGAGCAAGCAUUGAAACUCUUCAUAGAAAUGCAAAAUAUGGGUAUGAAACCUUCUGAGUUCACUUUUGCAGCAAUUUUAUCUGCCAGUACUGGAUUGGGUGAUCUGGUGGUUGGCCAACAGAUUCACGGACUUGUUAUCAAGACCCAUUUAGGUUGGAAUGUCUUUGUGAGUAAUGCUCUACUUGAUUUCUACUCGAAAUGCGAUUGUGUGGGUGAUGCAAGGAGACUCUUUGACGAGAUGCCAGAAGUAGAUGGUGUUUCUUAUAAUGUGAUCAUCACGAGCUAUGCUUGGAAUGGGCAGAACAAAGAAUCUCUCGAUCUCUUUCGGGCUUUGCAGUUUUCUGGCUUCGAUCGAAAGCAAUACCCUUUUGCUAGCAUCUUAAGCGUGGCCGCAGUUCAAUCAGAUUUUGAAAUUGGUCGGCAAAUCCAUGCUCAGGCAAUUUUAACAUCAGCUGAAUCUGAUAUUUUGGUGGGCAAUUCUCUGAUCGACAUGUACGCCAAAUGCGGUCACAUUGAUGUUGCUGAGAUGAUUUUUAAGAAUAGAAUUGACCGAAACACGGUCUCUUGGACUGCACUGAUUUCGGGUUAUGUGCAAAAGGGAUUCCAUGAGGAAGCCUUGGAGUUGUUCUCUGAAAUGCGGAGUGCUGAUGUGAGCUCAGAUCAGGCAACAUUUUCCAGUGUUUUACGAGCUUCUGCAAGUUUGGCGUUGCUUGGAUUAGGAAAGCAGCUACAUUCAUAUAUUAUAAGAUCAGGGUUCAUGGCAAACGUGUUUGUUGGAAGUGCCCUUCUAGACAUGUAUGCAAAGUGCGGGUGCAUUGAAGAGGCAGGUUGGAUCUUUGAUGAGAUGCCGAAUCGGAAUAUAGUCUCAUGGAAUGCCAUGAUCACGGCUUACUCUCAAAAUGGGCAUGGCAAGGCUGCUCUUACAUUGUCUGAAGACAUGCUACAAUGUGGUGCUCAACCAGAUUCCGUCACCUUCCUGAGUAUCUUAUCUGCAUGCAAUCAUGGUGGGCUCGUAGAAGAAGGAUCUCGGUGCUUCAAUUUCAUGACUCAGGUCUGUAAGCUUGAGCCCAAGAGAGAACACUAUGCUUGCAUGGUUGAUAUCUUGGGUCGGGUUGGACGUUUGGAUGAAGCAGAGAAACUUAUGGCCCAGAUGCCGUUUGAACCUGACAUCAUCAUGUGGUCUUCGAUUUUAAAUUCUUGCAGGAUCCACUGUAACCAAGAAUUGGGUCAGCGGGCUGCAGACCAGCUGUUCAAGAUGGAACUCAAAGAUGCGGGACCUUAUGUGAUCAUGUCAAAUAUUUAUGCUGCUGCUGGUCGAUGGGAAGAUGUUUCGAAGGUGAAGAAAGCGAUGAAGGACCGAAGGGUUAAAAAGGAGCCAGCCUAUAGUUGGGUUGAAAUCAAACAGAAGAUCCAUUCAUUCUCAGCCAAUGACGAGGCCCACCUGCAAACAGAUGAGAUCAGGAAAAUGAUUGAUACGCUGUCAAAGCGGAUGGAGAAGGAAGGAUACAAGCCUGAUACUAGUUGUGCUCUUCACAAUGUCGAAGAGGAAAUCAAAGUGGAGUCAUUGAGAUAUCACAGUGAGAGAUUGGCAAUUGCUUUUGCAUUGAUCAAUACCCCGCCCGGAUCGCCAAUACUGAUCAUGAAGAACAUAAGAGCAUGCACGGACUGCCAUGUGGCUAUCAAGGUGAUUUCCAAGAUAGUAGGGAGGGAAAUUACAGUGAGGGACUCAAGCAGGUUCCAUCAUUUCAGAGAUGGGUUUUGCUCUUGUGGGGAUUAUUGGUGAGCUUGCGAAGAAAACAGGAAGAAGCUUGGGGCUUUCUUCGGCAGACGGAGUUUCUACAACAGUUGGGCCUGAAAGAACCAUACAUUUAACUUUCAGGAACAUGGUCAAGGCCCAACUUUCAGGUUCGUUGUGUGUCAAAGGGAAGCAUCUCAAGGACGAUCUCAGGUCACAUAUCCACCCUUCAUUACCAACUUACCAUUCUCACUCCUGAUUCUUGCCACCUCCAGUGACCAUGAAGCUACCCACUGCAUUGGAAGCUCUAUUCUCAUGUGGGUGCAGAUAACAUUACGCUUAUUCCAUGCAGUUGCAGUUGGGUUUCGGCACAAGCGUUGGUGGAUGGGAUGCAGCCUCUCCAAACAGAAGCUCCAAAUGAAAAGUCAAAUGCAUUCAAAUUAGGAACCAAAAGGCAAUUUUCAAAUAUAGCCAAACGGGCGCAAGUCCAAUGUUGAUGUUGAUCAUUACUCCAAUGACAUUAUCUACUUGAGAGUGUUCACAAUAGAAUAGUUAAGGAAAAUGAAGAUUGAAGCAACAAGGUGAAGGUUGACUUCAAAAUCA